AUGGGUUGGGGAUUGAAGAUGAUGCGCAAAGGGGCACAAAUUGCGGUUCAAAACCCAGGAAUAGGUGACACGAACAAGGGAGCAUGGAGGCCUAGAGAAAACAAAAACUACCUGGUACAAGUGCGCACAAAACUGUACGGCAUCGAUGGGAACGUGUUGCGUUGGAGCUCGUGGGUGCACAUGUGGGCUACUGCCAGCAUAGCGAGGGAGCAAGAGCGUGGAACAAAGGUAUGGGACAGGGACCAGGGCAAAAAUGGACAGACAAAAGUUGUGGAAAAUAUCCAGUAUGGCAUCGAACAGGACCAGGACCAGGACCAGGACCGAGCACCACAAGCCUGCGACACAACCCCGGCACAUACGUUUUGA